UCAGAAAAAGUUAGAAAAAUGGUUUCAAACAAUAGACAUCGGAUGAUUCUUGAUGAAUAAGCCAGGACAAAACAAGAUGUCGGGAAUGACUCGGAACAGGCCUGUAUUGAUGAGAGCUGAGACGAUAGAUUCAUGCUGCUCAGAUGAUCUGGUUACAGUGCUUGAGGUGGCGAGGGGGAAAAGACCUUUUAAAAUCACCGACAGAUUACGAAUUCUCAGAAAAGGAGUGAUGGCUGCCUCCUUGCAAGAAUUAAUACAAAAAGGGAAGGAGAGGUUUGAGUAUGAAACCUAUGCUGAAGUGUAUAUAGUACUAGAGGAAGAUGGAACAGAGGUAGAUGAGGAGGAAUAUUUCCAAACACUCCCUGACAAUACGAACUUUAUGCUCUUGCUCAAGGAUGAUAUAUGGUCUCCCUUUGGUCCUCCUUUUAUGUAA